AUGUGUUGUUUUUGUUUAGACUAUACAUUGUGGCCGUUUGAUUGUGAUGAUUACUAUGGUUCAAAGCUGUACGAAAGGAAUGGCGAGGUGUUUGAUCAGUCUAAUAACCCAGUGAAACCAUAUCCUCAUUCCGAAGAUGUACUGAGUCGAAUAAAGCAGGAACCCGGAAUUAAGCUGGCUGUUGCAUCAAUGACCAGUAGUCCCAAAGUUGGCCACAAGCUGAUAAAACUCUACGGGUGGGACAAGUAUUUCGACUACCUUGAGAUCUACCCGACAUCGAAGACCAAACACUUUAAGGCACUAACCCAAAAGUCGGAUAUCCCCUAUGAUCAGAUGAUGUUCUUCGACGACAUGUCUUUCAACAUUCACGAAAUCGGCAAACUCGGUGUGCACGCCGUCCAGGUACACAACGGUGUUGAUUUUCCUUUUCUUCGAAGAGCACUGGAGCAGUUUGACCGGGCAUCUGUCGCCUAG